AUGGUGCUUGAUGCCGCUUAUCACGAGGUGACGCUUCAUCCAGAGGACCAGAAGGUCACAAUCAGGAUAAGGGUGGAUGCGGCGAAAAAUCGUUGCUUUUUCAGCUUUCAAUUAGCCGCGACUUUGGCCACCGGCCUUGUCGUCUACUUGCUCCUCGCGGCCAAGGUGAUUGAGACGCUGCCAUGUUACGGGUGCGCCAUUGCGCGUUCGGCUUAUUUGACCGAGUUGUCCAACGGAAAGAAAUAUUACUUCAAUAAAACUCGAGUGAAUUGGGAUGAGGCUGAGGAAAGGUGCAAGGGGAUGGGCCUGACCCUGGCCACAAUCAGGGACGAAACCGACCUGAACGCGACCUGGGCAGAAGCAAAGAGAAGGGAACAUAGUCAGCACGAAUUCGUGAAAGGGUCAUAUUGGUGGUUAUCAGCCAAAGAUUACGGCAAGGAAGGAAAAUACGACGUUCGUUGGCAGGACGGCUCAGAGUUGGAGCAAAACAGCCCCUUGUGGAGGGCCGAUGCUGACAAGAAGAAGGGCUGCGUCUAUGUCGACACGGGAAAAUUGAAGGGCGGGGCGUGCAGUUCCACGAUUUAUUUUAUUUGCGAACUUCCGAGCCAAUGUUACUGA